AUGAAAGGAAAGGGAUUUUCCUCGUGUUUAAUGUGCGAAAGUCAAACGGAUUUAUUGAUGGGUAGUCAGCUCGUUCUGAAUAUCAUUCGGAAACGGUUUACAACUGAUGUUUUUGAUGUCAUGCUGCAAAAUACAAAGAUUUGUAUGAAAUGUAUUGGACGUUUACAGCAGUUGAAUGAAUUUUGUGCCAAUAAUGAAUUUGUUGCACCAAGUUCUAGUGACGAUAAUGACAUUGGUAAAAAGCUCUGUUAUAUGUGUCGACUUCCAUUUUCAUUUUAUGAAAUUUUGCCACCGAACAAGUCAAUUGCUAAUGAAAUAGAUAAAAAUAAAUGGCUAAAGAACUGGAAUCAAGAAGAAGAAUUGAAAGUUAUUUGUUGCUACUCGUGUUAUAACUUUACUCUAUUAUACAGUGAAACAAAGGAUCAAUUAUCUCGUCUAUUAGACUAUUACUACUCUGCUCUCAGUAAUUGUAAAGUGCUAAUUAAAGAUUGUGAACAAAAAGAUGAUCAACCUAAAAGUUUGGCCAAUGCUGAGCAAUUCUUUGGAUCACUUUCUUUGACACCUGUUGAACGUUCAAAUAGAUCACAACGAAGUCGAGUUAAUUUUGCAUCUGAAGUAGAAAUGAUUCCAGAACCUCCGAUGAAGAAAUUAAAAGUGCCCCCAAGAAACUUAAGUUUCAAGUCAUUACCAACAGCACCGCACAAGACUAACUCUUUUGAAAAUAUAAAUUCAAUUGGUAACAAAGCUCCAGCUAGAAUAAUUACUCGAAAGUUAAGAAAUUCAAUUGGAGGUUUACCACGAACUGUUUCACCAAUAUUACCAAAGAUACACAGAUCUAGAUAUUCAACAGGCAGCAAAGUAAACACUCCAAAUUUGGAAAUUUUAAAGAAAGAGAACAAUUUAAAGGAAUGCGUUGUUUCGGUGGAAAGAUUGCAAGUAAUUCCAGGAAGAAAUGAUUCUGAUAAUGGAAGUAAGGGCAGUGCAAAAAAGAAGCCAAUCAAAAUUAAAGUAAGUGCUAAAUCAAAACUAGAAGAUCGUAAAAUGAAGAGAUCUUUGCGUUUGAAAAAGGAUAAAACAUCUGAUGAAUUAGAAAAUAGCUUAAAUCUUGAAGUUGUCAUGACUGAAGACAAUUUGAAUAACAGCCAAUCAAGCACAAUGUCGGUCGAUCCUUUAAAUGCUUCUGAAAACGAUUCAUCCUUAUUAGACAAAACAUUACUAAUUCCAAGUCCUGAGCAUUCUACUGAACCUAUUAUUCAAGCAAAAGAUGAAGACAAUAACAAUAAAGUCUCUUCGAAGGAAAACAAUGAUUUAGCAAUAAAUCGUAGCACAAGAAAGACAAGAAAUAGUGCAGGAAAGCUGACUGAAUCCACAAAUGUUCCUGAAAAUAAUCGAGUCAUUAAAAAGCGUGAGACAAAGACCACUAAAACCGAAAAGGAUUUAAUUUCUCCAAUGAAAGAUCUUGAGGUUUUGGAACCUGAAAGCAAUGAGAACGUAAACUUGAUUGAAGAUGGUGCAUGCGAAGAAUACUUAUCAUCGCAUGAAGAAUCUGAAGAACAUUUAGAAGAAUCAUAUCUGUUAGAAAUCGAGUUCCUCAAUCCACAGUACAAUAAGAAAGCAGUUACAUUUCAAUCUACAAUAAAUAAUGAAGAGCUGGAUUUGUUGUCAGCAUCACAAGAAAAUUUUUCGUCACUAUCAACUGAAGAUUUAAAUAUAGAUAAUGCCGAGUAUUUAGAAGAGUCACUAGAAGAAAUCAUGAAUACGCGACACUCACCACAAAAUGAUGCCUUAUGUCCAAUUUAUACAAUGGACCAAUUAUUAAAUGAAGAUUCACUAUUAAGCGUAACAUGA